GUACCAAAUGUACUGUCAGCACUGCUGUUUUGACAGUUGCAGUCAGCUGGUGUCGUGAUUUGUGUAUACUAUAUUUAAGCGCUAUAACUUUAGCUGAUAUCAAUAUAUUUUCAGAACCGAACAAAGCUAAAUACAUUAUAAGUUGCGUGAAGAGCGAUCAGCGCCAGUAAAAUGGGUAAAGGUUUUAACAAUUACAUGUGUAAGAAAUUCUUUCACCCAGCUUCUAGAGACAAUCUGAAACGGGUAUGGAUGGCGGAACAGCAAGCGGAGGCUUACAAGAAGAAACAGGAGGAGCUGCGUACACAAUACGAGAAGGAGCAAAAUUUGCAUGAAAACAAAGCUAUGCUAAGCAAGGAUAGCAAAGACAAGCUAAGCGUGAAUUUCAUGUACGAGCCGCCACCAGGUGUGCGCAAAGAACGAGAAAAGGACACAACUGAACCGGAGUAUAAGUUUGAGUGGCAGCGUAAGUUUAAUGCGCCACGUGAAUCAUAUUGCAAAGGUGACACAGAAAUUCGCGAUCAGCCAUUUGGCAUACAAGUUCGUAAUGUACGUUGUAUAAAAUGUCACAAAUGGGGUCACAUCAAUACCGAUAAAGAAUGUAGUAUGUAUAGCAUUUCUAUGAGUGAAGCGCGUAAACUACAUUCCGAAGCUGAGGCCAGUGAGAUGAUGGCUAAAAAUGUGUUGGAAGAGCAGAUGAAAGAAGAUGGACUGGUAAUGAAAAAAUCCGCAUUAGAACUUCAGAAUAUCAAACAAAUUCAUCAACAACACAGAUUGGUGCCAAGUGAUGACGAGGAGAGUGAAAUGAAAGAGGGUUCGCACAAAGGGAACACUGAAUUAGCAUUUCUAAAGUCUCUGAGCAAGGAACAAAAACUGGAGUUGUUAAAAAAGCUGGAAAAGAUUGAAAAAUUAAAAAAGAAAAAUGAAAAGCGAAAGUUGAAAAAAGAAAAGACACAUAAAAGUAAGAAGGAAAAGAAAUCGAAGAAAAAGCGUGCAAAGAAGUCGAGCAGCAGCAGUGGAAAUUUCACAGAUGAAAGUGACGACGAAGGUCAUGCCUCCUCUAAAGGAAGACACAAUACAGAGAGGAAGAAAUCAAAACUGGAUAAGAGAAAAAGACGGCAUAGUCAGUCAACUGAUGAGUCUCAAUCUUCCAGCAGUUCAUCCAGUUCUGAUUCAAAAUCCGAUGAAGUGUCAAAGGAUUUACGGAACAGACGUCGCAGCCCAUCCUGCGAUUAUCGUAGGAAAGACUCGAAAUCAUCCCUGGAAAAAAACAGAGGAAAGGAUCGUCCGUACAAUGAUGACCGGCAGGCUAACCGAAACUUACAUUCACGAAGAGAGCGUAGUCACUCAAGCGAUCGCAAAGAAAGCCACAGAGAACGACGUCACUCCAGUGAUCAGCGAUAUCGUAGUCGUUCUAAAGACAGAGAUAGUCGGCGCUCAAAGAAUGACCGACGAAAUCGGAGCAGAUCAAGGGAUAGACAUCAUUAGCACCGUUAAUAACCAAGAUAAUAAUAUAAUACAUAUGCAUUUCAAACUGAGUAAUGCAAACUAUUGUGAACCUAAAUGUAUGCAUGAGAGCAUAAGAGUAAUAAUAAACUUUCAAAAACCAGUAA